AUGCUCUGCACCUCAUAUGAAACAAUGUGCCCCCGUUGCAAGCACCAUUUCAAGGCCCUCCGGAAAACCGCGGCGAGCGCAGCGGAUCUCGAAUACACGCCCAACACCUUUCCGGUCGUAUUCACCUGCACCCAGAAAAUCCCAGUCCCAGUUCGCAGAGGAACGCUGAUGCAAGCAGUGUACGAGCAGCGCAGAAGGACAGUGACAGAACUAAAAGAGAGACUAGCCAACCACUUCCACCGGCCAGUCAAUGUAUACGACGACUUUGACGAAGGUGAGUUCCGGUUUUGCGAGAAAACCACUGUGACGUAUAAAAUACUCGUGGACUUCCCCGGUGUCAUCGCAAACCCUAAUGGGUGGGCAUCCUGGAUUUCACAGUCUAUGUACAGCAUCAAGUUCUAUGAACUCGUUGUCCGGUCAGAUGGGGGUAAGAAUGCUUGUCCUAAGGCGAUUGUUAAACCGGAGGAAUAUCAGUGGGAUGGCUGUGUCCCCGAGAAUAAGGGACAUCUAUGUUGGACUCGUCUGGAGUUCUUCUUGGGGAGGCAAGGCCUGGUGCCUUUUAUUUAG